CGCCCUGAACGCAGCCAGCCAGCCUGCCUGUGUUUAUACCGCCUCGAGUGGAAGUGGGGCCGGCGGGCCUGGCACAGCGCUCCGCUCACAUUUCACCCCACAAACCACAAAUGUAAGCGUCGUGAGCGGGACUAUAAGGCGAGGCAUUUAAUCAGCUAUCGGACGGUGGUUGGGACGCACAGCCAUGUCACGGGUGGUGAAAAAGAGGCAGGCCGACCCUAAAGUCGUCCAGUAUGUGUGGUCAGCCAUUGAAGUCAUUCGCAACCAGAAGCAAAUCGCAAACAUGGACAGGAUCUCAAAGUAUUUAAGCCGUGUGUAUGGCAUGCACCCGAAAGAAACGGCCAGGCAGCUGGUGCUUGCGGUGAAAGACGGCCUGGUGGUGGAGACCCUCACUGUGGGCUGCAAAGGGUCCAAAGCUGGGGUUGAGCAGGAGGGCUACUGGCUCCCGGGGGAUGAGAUGGAGCAGAUGUCUGAGGGAAGCAAGGACUGGGAGGCGGAGAGCCAUGACUGGUACUGCUUUGAGUGCCACCUGCCCGGCGACGUGCUGGAGUGUGACAGCUGCUUCCGCGUCUAUCACCUACGCUGUCUCUCUGAAGAGCACCGGCCCAGGGACGCCACCUCCCACUGGCAGUGCACUAUCUGCAGGGGUAGCAAAAGGAAAAAUUUUGGCAAACAGGAAAUGACCACAUAUCUGAGGUUCAUUCUUGCACGUAUGAAAGAAAGAGCGGUCGACCUGCCCAAGAGAGGCAAAGAGACAAAGCAGCCCAUGUACAGGAGGCUGAUCCACACAGCACUGGACGUGGACAACAUUCAGGAGAACAUCUCAGAGGGCAAAUACAAAAGCUUCGAGGAGUUCAAAGCAGAUGCUCAGCUUAUCGUGCACAACACGGCUAUUCUGCACGGAGCGCAUAGUGAUCAGACUGAAAUAGCCAGGCUUCUCUACAACGACACAUGCCACGAGUUGAAUGAGUUACUUUUGUGCAGAAACUGCUUCCAUCUGUCCAACGCUCGACCUGACAACUGGUUUUGUUACCCAUGUGUGCCCAAUCACGAGCUGGUAUGGGCCAGGAUGAAGGGCUUCGGCUACUGGCCGGCCAAGGUAAUGCAGAGAGAAGGUAAUCAGGUGGACGUGCGCUUUUUUGGCCACCAGCACCAAAGGGCCUGGAUCCCAUCAGACAACAUCCAGGAGAUCUCUGUGAGCGUGCAGCAGCUACAGGUGAAGCGCAGUGCGGGCUGGAAGAAGGCCUGCGAAGAGCUGGAGCUGCACCAGCGCUUCCUGCGCGAGGGCCGCACCUGGAAGGGGCGGCCAGAGGACCGGCCAGAGCGGCCAGAGCGACCAGAGCGACCAGAGCGGCAGGACGAGCGGCAGGAUGAGGCUGAGUCCAGCAUCUCCUCCACCAGCAAUGAGCAGUCUAAGGGUAACCAGGAGCCCAAAGCCAAGAAGAGCCGUCGUUCUCAAGCACCUGAACCCAAAGAGGAGGAGCCUGAGCCGGAGGUGGAGGCGGUGAGCUCCAGUCAGGAGAUCCCCACCGCCACGCCUCACCAGCCGGAGCGCAUGUCCGUCUCGACACAGACCAAAAAGUCCAGUUCACCUUCAUCUUCCUCUUCCUCACCGACGCCCCGCAUGCUGCACCGCGGCACACAGACGGUCAACGAGGGCAGCUGCCAGAACAUGUGCCACGACAAGUACACCAAAAUCUUCAGCGACGUCAAGGAGAUGAUGAAGGCUGAGAACAAGCGGGAAACGGAGCGUGUGCUCAAAGAGGCUCUGGACAAGUUGCGGGCUGAGAUGGAGGAGGAGAAGAGGCAGGCGGUGAGUAAAGCAGUGGCCAGCACUCAGGCCGAGAUGGAUCGCAAGUGCAAGCAGGUGAAGGACAAGUGCAAAGAGGAGCUGAUGGAGGAGAUGAAGAAAAUGGUGAGCCAGCACAAGCAGCUCAUCUCACAGACCAAGAAGAAGCAGUGGUGCUAUAACUGCGAGGAGGAGGCCAUGUAUCACUGCUGCUGGAACACCUCCUACUGCUCCAUCAAGUGCCAGCAGGAGCACUGGCACGCCGACCACAAACGCACCUGCCGCAGGAAAAGAUGAGCCGCAGCCGGUCGCCAUUCGCCGCACGCCCUCGUACCUCCACCCAUCUAACACGCCACGCUAUCGGAUAAUUUUGUUUCCACCCCCUCAUCACCCCCCGCCCCCACCCCCACCCCCAACCCCACCCGGAGCCUGGAAUCAGAAGUUUGCCGCAGCAUUUCAAACCCACGUGCCCCAGGACACUCUUUCCUCACCGUGGAGGACUCCUCCUAUUCCGCUCUGAUGAACGCGGUCAGGGCGCCGAGGAGAGGAUUUUACGUUUGGAUUAUACUGUUUUACUUCUGUAAAUCUCUUUUAUUUGCUGUACAAUGAAAAGAGCCUUGCUUGCCUACAAACUAACUGAAAUGUGAAGUAAUAACCUUUUUAAACACGUGAUUCUUAAUCACUUGCCAUGUAGAUAUUUUGACUUUUUAUAUAAGCGGACGGUGUUUGCCUCCUGCGUUGAUUGACCUUGGUGGUGUUUUUCCUCUGCGCUUGGUUUUUAUCGAUGGUUGUGAUGUAUCAUCUUUUUUGGGAACAGGGUUGAAGAUGGCAGGUCGUUUCUGUCGGGAUUAAAAAAAAAAAAUACAAUCUCUUCCAUUUAUGAAUAUGCACAUUUCAUGUUACACUUUAAAAUAGAAAGAUGAAUUUUUAAUGAAAACAGAUUAUUUAUGUGCUAAUUUUGGGUCCAUUUUCUGUAGCUAAAGUGUUAUAAAUCUUUGCUGAGUGGGAUCUUAGUGAGGUUUAUAUGUGUGAAACACGCCCCCUUCCAACCCCGCUGUUUCCAUACUUCAUGCUUUGCUUGUGUGCCCUAAUGCUACCUAUGUUGUUUCCUUGCAGUCUGGGAGAGUAGCCGUGUGUCACUUCCACGUUUCACGAUUCCAGCUUGGUCGCCAGGGAGUCGAAUAUGAUGAGAAUCAUGAGGUCAGUUUGUACAGAGAUCAGUGUAAAUUCUGCAUUUUUAAAAAGGAUUUUAAGCUCUUUUACUUCUUACCCAUAAAGAAAGCAACUUAUACCCCCGAAACUAAGUAGGGAUUCACGUUCAAAGUUCUCACUCUGAGCUAGACGAGCUCUUCUCAGUUCGCGCUGACCUGAGCAGCCUGAAGAGUUUAGGAAUCACAAGGUCUUUGUCGUCUUUUUGCACAGACUCGUAUGUGGUUUGUCCCUUUCUGAAUCAGCAGGUGUCGAUACACCUGAGAACUUCCCUCUCUGUUUCUCCACAUCACUGUUGCACUACAUGUAAAUAACUGUCUGCCGCUAAACGUGACCAUUUGAUGAGAUUUGCACGUUAGUAGCAUUAUGUACAUUUCAUGAAUGCAUUAACUGUGUAUUUGAUAAAAGUCAAUCUGUAAAAAAAAAAAUCGAUAUGGGCAAUUGUUUCAUUCCAGUGCGCAUGAAAGUCGUUAUUUCCCGUUCGUUUGCCGCAUCUCCUCUGUGAAUGCACCUUUUUUUGUUUUUAUAAGGUAAUUUGACGUCACUUUGUAAUCGCGAACAACCUUUUUUCUGUUUUGUUUUUUUUUUUAUUUUUAAUUUAUGUGGGGGGAAAAUGAGAGACUACUGAAAGAACGGCCACAGCCCAGCUGGCAGUCUGCACCAGGCGUAGUCUUUCCUUUCAUAUGUGCAUACGGAUUAAUGUGGUGUAAAAGUUCAAAGUCCUGCGCGUCUCUGGGUCAGAGGCGCCCCCUCCUGCAUUACAGUAUGUAACAGUACUAUGUAUAAACAAUAAACAUAUCAUCAAGCGGU